CGGGGGCGGAGGGGCAACCGCGGGCCGGAGGGGACGGGCCGGGACGGGCACAUGGCGUCCUACUUCGAGGAGCACGACUGCGAGCCCGGCCUCCCGGAGGAGCAAUACCGACAGAACGCGCUGCUGGAGCUCGCCCGGACGCUCUUCAACGGGAUGGACAUUGACCUGGGCUCCGCUGACCUCACCGACUGGGACCACCGGCUGCCCCCGCCCGCCGCCAAGAGAAUCGUCCAGAACCUCCCCACGGCCGUCAUCACCGAGGCCCAGGCCGACAAAGGUCUGAAGUGCCCCGUGUGCCUGCUGGAGUUUGAGGAGGAGCAGACGGCACGCGCCAUGCCCUGUCAGCACCUGUUCCACGCCAACUGCAUCCUACCCUGGCUGGGCAAGACCAACUCCUGUCCCCUGUGCCGGCACGAGCUGCCCACGGACAACGCAGAGUACGAGGAAUACAAGAAGGACAAGGCCCGCCAGCAGCAACGGCAGCACCGGCUCGAGUACCUGCACGGAGCCAUGUACACGUGAUGGAGCCGGGAGCCCGAGGCUGCCCCUGCCCUCCUUCCCCGCCAGCCCCCCCGCCCCCCCGGCUUAUUAAAUUUCC